ACGGUCAUGUGAGCGUCGCCAUGGUGCCAAGUCCCGCUACCUUCCUUGGGCUACAUGCUAUCCUCGGCCUUGCUAUGCUCCUGCUGGAAAACCGAAAUGACCAGACAUGAAACGUGUUUGCUUCUUGGAGCGACCGGUGUCGGAAAAACGUUGUUGCUAAAACGUCUACAAAAGCUCAGUUUGCACGGACAAGGUGACCUUGGAGCAACUCCUUCUACUCUGCCAACAGUAGGAACCAACUUGACAGACCUGACACUAAAGAGGAAGAAGGUGACAGUUAGAGAGCUGGGAGGCUGCAUGGGUCCUAUAUGGCCCAGUUACUUCAAGGACUGCUCCUCUGUCAUUUUUAUGGUGGACUCGGCCAACAUCGCUCAGGUAUCCUCCUCCUGUAUCCAGCUGCUGUCAGUACUCUCUGCCGAACCUCUACGCAGUGCCUCUGUGCUUAUUCUCUUCAACAAGAGGGACAUGCCCUGCACCAUGAGUCUUACAGAGAUUAAGUCACUGUUCAGAAUGGAUGACAUCAUUGCUUCUGCUACUCAGCCAAUCACAACGCUGGAACUCAGUGCCCGUUCUGGACAGGGACUUCAGGAGGUGCUCAGCUGGCUGGAGUCCAUUACAGUCAAGUGAUCUGUUUUGUGGUUGCUCCUGAAAAACUGAUGCUUCCCUCAUAGGACUUUGAAUAAUGGUUUCAGACUUCUUAGUAAGAGAUGUCAGUAUCCUCAGUGUGCAAAGAAUGUUUACACACCAUUUUUAAGAGGAUGUAAUGAUGCCUUUAGUGUUGGACUCACUGUAAAAAAAAGCUGUUGCAUCUUUGGUACCAUGUGGUGACUCCUUGUUAAACUGAAUGGAAAUGGAAAUGUACUAGUGAUAUAAUGUUAGGAUGUAAUAGUUGUACGAUUGUCCAUUUACACACAACACAACUGUAGGCCUUACCCACAGUUUUAUACUGGUCACUUUUACUAAGUAGACAGAUAACAGUGAAUUGCAGGGACCUGACUGUAGUGUGAUCAUAGGACUUGCACCUCAUUGUAACACUGGGGGACACCAAGUAAGGUAGUACACUAAGUAAGGACCAAUUCAAAUGCUGUAAGACUGGUUACUGUAAAGGAAUGUGGCAUAGUAAUAAUGAGUUAUUACCAGCAGGGGGCACAAGGUGCACAACACAUAUUGAGACUGGUACUGGGUGUGUGCAUGUCCUGUGAUGAUUUCAUAUUAAACGUACUGAUAUCUAGGGAAAUGAGAAAAUGCAAGGCAAUAAACCAACUGAAGAAUGAAGCAGUGUUAUAAUAAUACCCUUAUAUUUGAUGAGAGUCAGUGGUUCACAAGCAAUGAAUAAAACUCAUGAUUCUUA